AUGGCUACCUCAGCCCUGAACCUGAAAACUAGCGACUCAAAGCCGGCGGCCACCGCGCUGAUAGCUACCUCUGAUGAGCCGAAGAAGUCUCCCAAGCACUACCGCGGCUUUGUCGCUGGGGUGUUCAGCGGCAUUGCGAAGUUAUCUGUCGGUCACCCCUUCGACACGGUGAAAGUCCGCCUCCAGACGACCGAGAAAAGCCAUUUCCGCGGUCCGGUAGAUUGUCUGAUGCAGACACUCCGCAAAGAAGGCUUCGCGGGGUUGUACAAGGGCGCUACACCACCGCUUGUAGGAUGGAUGUUUAUGGACUCCAUUAUGCUAGGCUCCCUAAGCGUCUACCGCCGCGUUCUCAACGACCGCGUCUUCAACCCCCCCUCACAUCUCCAAUUCGGCGAACAACAGCGUAAACUGCCCGUAUACGGCCACGCGUUAGCAGGCACAAUGGCAGGAUGGACAGUUUCCUUCAUCGCCGCGCCCGUCGAACACAUCAAGGCACGUCUGCAAGUCCAGUACGCCGCGGAUAAGAAGUCGCGUCUAUAUUCCGGACCAAUCGACUGCCUCAAGAAGAUAUACACUGGUCAUGGAAUGAGGGGUGUGUACCAUGGUCUCAGCGCUACACUGCUCUUCCGCACAUUCUUCUGCUUCUGGUGGGGGACCUACGACCUUUUUACGCGGCAGUUGCAACAGCGGACUUCACUGUCUGCUCCGGCUGUCAAUUUCUGGGCGGGAGGUCUGUCGGCGCAGGUCUUUUGGUUGACGAGCUACCCGAGUGAUGUGAUUAAGCAGCGUAUCAUGACGGAUCCGCUGGCACAAAGAAGGUUUCCGAGGUGGAGAGAUGCUGCGAAAGCGGUGUAUAGGGAGCAAGGCUGGAAAGGGUACUGGCGGGGUUUCGUGCCGUGCUUCCUGAGAGCGUUCCCGGCGAAUGCGAUGGCAUUGGUAGCAUUUGAAGGUGUCAUGAGGAGUUUGCCGGAGUAA